GCUCGCGCCGGCCGCAGGAGCUCCGGGUCGCCGCCACCCGCGGCGCACGUGCGGCCGCUGCCGUGCGCUGAGCUCCCGCCCCGCGGCUGCUUUGUUGCCUGCGGGCCGCCGGCACCAUGCAGACGCCGGGCUCUGUGGGAUCGGGCGACGCGCAGGCGGUUGACAUCAUGGACAUAUGUGAGUCGAUCCUGGAGAGGAAGCGGCACGAUAGUGAAAGGUCUACGUGCAGCGUCUUGGAGCAGAAUGACAUCGAAGCGGUUGAGGCGCUUGUUUGCAUGAGCGCCUGGGGUCAAAGAUCCCAGAAAGGGGAACUGUUAAAGAUAAGACCCCUCACACCUGUCUCUGACUCUGGGGAUGUCACUGCCACGGUGCAUGUUGACACAGCCGCACCUGAGCUACCAAAGGACUUCGAUUCUUUAUCGACUCUGUGCAUGACUCCUCCUCAGAGCCCUGACCUCGUGGAGCCAUCGACAGGGACACUUGUUCCUUCCCAAGUAACUGAUUCCAAAGCAUGCAUGGUCACGGCCAUGCCCCCAGCCUCUGCUGGCGCAGCCCAAGUGCUGAGCGGGAAGGCGGAGAGGGCGCUUCCUGCUUCGCAGCCAGAGUCCCCGGAGCCAGCCCGCAGCCCCUCCUGCAGGCCCGUGGUGACAAGUGUCAUCCGCCACACGGCGGGGAGUCCAGUUCCUGGCCACGUUCCUGCCGCCCAGAUUCAAGAGCGCCAGCUUUCCGUCAGCGGAGGAGAAGCACCGUCUCUGGGACGGCUGGAAGCUUUGCUGGCCACACGGCUCACAGACCGCCCGCUGGCCGCGGACUCCUCAUCCGGCCAGCCUUGCUCGCACAAGGCCGGUGGCCUGGUCCCCGCCGACAAAGGCCAGCAGGCUGGGUGGCCUGUCGCGAUUCAAACCUGCUCACCAAAGAAUUAUGAAAGUGACUUGUCGAGGAAAGCCAUCCCUGUGAUCUCUGUCCCCGUCCCCAGUUCCCCUGUCUUUUGCCAAAUGAUCCCUGUGACUGGACAGAGUGGCACGUUUUCAGCUGUUUUGAAGCCCCCUCCCCAGGCGUGUGCGGGGACGGCGAAGCCCAUCCUCCCCCACGCUGCUGCGGUGGCCCGGCCUGUGUUCGUGGGGCCGCCUGUGCCUCAGGGGGCCGUGAUGCUGGUCCUGCCGCAGGGGGCCCUGCCCCCGCCUGCGGCCUCGUCACCCGGCGGGGUGGCUGGGGGCAGCACCAGGCUCCUGCCCCUGGCCCCCGCUCCAGUGUUCAUCACCUCCGGCCAGAACUGUGCCCCUCAGGUAGACUUUUCCCGAAGGAGAAACUAUGUUUGCAACGUCCCGGGCUGCCGCAAAACCUACUUCAAAAGUUCCCACCUCAAGGCCCAUCUCCGCACUCACACAGGCGAGAAGCCUUUCAGCUGCAACUGGGAUGGCUGUGAUAAAAAGUUUGCUCGUUCCGAUGAACUUUCUCGCCACCGCAGAACUCACACCGGGGAGAAGAAGUUUGUGUGCCCCGCGUGUGAGCGGCGUUUCAUGCGCAGCGACCACCUGACGAAGCAUGCGCGGCGCCACAUGACGGCCAGGAAGGCGCCCGGCUGGCAGGCAGAGGUUGGCAAACUGAACAGAAUCGCCUCCGCAGAGAAAUGUGGGGGCCCCCUGGCGACCCCGCCGGCCUCCGCCUGAAAGGUCAGCCGAGCAUCCGCCCGCAGGAACCUUCCGAAGCAGCUUUCAGGAAUGGAACUGAUGACUUUCUCUUCCAAAAAAAAAAAAAAAAGGUCUUGGGGGGCUCGGAGAAAGUGGGGAGUUGGUUCUGAUGAAAGUAUAUUAACUUUACUUUUUUUGUUUGGGACCCUGUUCAAUAUCUUUUGUAGUUUCAGAAGUUGUUGUUUUUUUUUCUUUCUUUCUUUUUUUUUUGAGGAAAUGGAAGAAAAUUUGAGCAUCUGAAUCACCAGCAUUCAAAUAGACAUUUUGGCAAUAAAGUUUACACAAUCUGGGGUUUUACAGCCUUUCUAUUCACGUUUUGUAGAAAUGAGACAGGGUACUGACUUUUAUACUGUUUUUUAUUAAAAUAUUUAUAUUGUUGGUGUUCAAAUCACCACUUUCUAGAUAGGUGAUUUUCGGUCUUCUUUUCGGUGUUCCACAGUGUUUUUCGUAAUAACUCUUUUAGUAAAUUUGGCAUAUUAUUCAGCGACAAAAAGAAAGAAAUUGCCAGUCUACAACAGGCCCUUCAGAUCUAAGAAUUGUUACGAAUCAGAACUAGUUGAAUGGGGGCUUCUUAAAUGGGGGGGGGGGGGGACUUGCAUUCAGCUUUUCGUAGCAUUUUCAAGGGGAAUUCCAGGCAACCAUUCCUUUAAGGCUGUAGCCCAAGGAAUUAAAAUUUUGGUUAAGUAGAACGAGUCAUUUAUCUAUGUCCAUGGUGUGACUUGUGAAGGCUGUAUCCCAGAGAAUAAUUUAAAAUUCCUGAUAGCUACACGGUGACCAGGGAGCUGCUGUUGGAUCUGAGUGCCUGUGGUUUUGGGGGCCAUUGCUCUGCCGAGAGCAAACUACUUAGUUGCCUGUUUGUACCUCAAACACCAAAAAAAGGUAAUGUUAUAAGCACUCACACCCAGCCCCUUCAUUAAUGGUCAGUUGACUUCUUUUGCUGUGGCCUUAUUCAUAGUGUUAGAGUAACUUCUACUCUAGAGUAGGUAGAGUAGAAGUAACUUCUUAGAGAAGAAGAAAACGUCCUUAUUGGCUGGAGGAACUUUCCACCAAAGUACAGUUUAUCUGAGGUAAAGUGUACACGCAAACAGCCCAGCUCCAAUAUUCCAAUUCCUUUAAUUCUUAAGAACUAUAGGAAACGCAAGUUACACCAAACAGCAGUACUACUACCGGCUUCUCUUUCGUUCAUUUCAUUUGAAGGAAAUUGAUCAAACGGAAUUACUCGGAUGGGGUGUUGUGCAGUCCACCUAGAGAAUGAGACCCCUGGCAGCACCCGGAAUCCGUGUGAUCACAAGUCCUAAUUAUACGGACACCACGACCCGGGUGUUCGGGAAGCCACGGGUACUGCUUUUGUUGGACGGCGUUGGGAAUCCAGGCAACAUGGGGCGCGCAAGGGACGGACGAAUGCGGCCCCGCGUCAUGAGCCUGGAGUGGGCUUUAUUGUGCUGCGCGUGCUUAGAUCUUGCCUUUGCGUCUUAUAUUGGCAUUUACUUUCAUCAAAAUGAUGGUAAGGUGAAAUAUGAAAUAAAUAUAAUUAGGUUUUCUGUUCAGGUCCCUUUAAUAUGGUAACCAUCACCUGGUCAUUCACUGUAUGUUUACUUGAUAGCCCGUAAAUCGCCCUUUAGCGUCAGCUGCUAACUGGCAUACGAGUCUGAGCCCUGGCUGUUCCAUUCAGACGGCUUUCCCGUUUUUGUUCACCUCCGUGCUGAGUAUUCCUACCGGUUGCAAGAGAACCAUAAUUAAAUGUAUUGUAGCUCGUGUUUCCCCACCCUGAGCCUUUUCUCUCUUCCGCCUACAUCUUAAAUCAGCAUAAACGUUUCUGACUGUAUGUCGUAAAUGGCAUUAAAUUUGUAUAUUCUUCUUAAUUAUGCAAAGUAACGGAAGUCCUAGUGCUGAGAAUACGAGGUCAUUGAGAAUUGGGUCGCUCGUCGCAUUAAACUUCAUUCUCUAGGCAGCGCGGUUUCUAAAGAAUAGAGAUGUUAAAAUUUGAUUUCUACUUCCAUUUCCUGAUUAGAUUUAGAAAUACCUUCUAUAAACUUUCCUCUCUCUGUUUGUUGACUGAAAGACUAUAAAUUAGGAGAGUUUCCAGUUGGAAAAUCCUGUCCUGAGAACCAGAGCCUUGUGUUACCUCUGCCGGAAGUGGAGCUUGUGUGGCGGCCCCCCCUCCCCCCCCGCCCCAUGCACUUUAUUGCCUGAGCAAUUUUGCUUGAUCUUUUUUGACUUUGAGCCUUUUGUAGUUUCAAUAAUAAAAUUUUAAAUGUUUCAGAAUUA